AAGUGGCGGUGCGAGUGCUGCACAGAGGCAGCUGUGUUGCGCGGCUCCAUAUCACGUCCGCCUCUCGCUCUCGUCCUCCUCCUGUCCUCCUCCCUCCCCGUCUGCCUCUUCUGCCUCGUCCAGCCCUCCAGCUGCUGUUAGUUCCUCUUAUUCAUUCAGAAAUGUCCUCUGUCGCCCCUGUUCUCCCCAUCCACGCGACCGGCGCGCCCCAGCCGGCCGCUGACUCGCUCCGCACAAAGUACCUCUGGCUCGCGGUCUACUUUUUUUUCAACCUCGCCCUCACCCUCUACAACAAGGCCGUGCUCGGAAACUUCCCGUUCCCCUACAUCCUCACCGGAAUCCACACCCUCUGCGGCACCCUCGGCUGCCUCUACUUCUACGUGCGCGGCGCGUUCACCCUGACGCCGCUCAGCGACCGCGAGAACUUCACGCUGUUCCUGUUCUCGCUGCUCUACACGAUCAACAUCGCGAUCUCGAACGUGUCGCUCAAUCUCGUCACCGUGCCCUUCCACCAGAUUGUGCGCGCCAUGACCCCGCUCUUCACCGUCUUGAUCUACGUCAUCGGCUUCCGCAAGACCUACUCGGUCAUGACCUACGUCUCGCUCGUUCCCGUCGUCGCCGGUGUCGGCUUCGCGACCGCGGGCGACUACUACUUUACGGCGAUGGGUUUCUUCCUCACCCUGCUCGGCGCGUUUUUGGCCGCGCUCAAGACUGUCGCCACCAACCGCGUGCAGACCGGCCGCCUAAAGCUCUCGCCUCUCGAGCUGCUGUUCCGCAUGUCACCCCUGGCUUUCUUGCAGUGCAUCGUCUACGCCUACUUCACGGGCGAGAUCACGUCGCUGAAGGCGUACUGGCCCGUGUCGAUGGACAGCUCGAUGAUGAUCAAGCUGAUUUUGAACGGUGCUAUUGCGUUCGGCCUCAACGUCGUCUCGUUCACGGCGAACAAGAAGACCGGCGCGUUGACGAUGACUGUUGCUGCGAACGUCAAGCAGAUCCUCACGAUCGUGCUCGCGAUCAUGUUCUUCCACCUCGCGGUCACUCCGUUGAACGCGAUCGGAAUCAUUCUCACUCUUGCCGGUGGUGCCUGGUACGCCAAGGUUGAGCUCGAGAGCAAGCAGAAGUCUGCGCCUGUUGAGAUGCGACCGAAGGAGGACCUUCCCAUCAAGGCCUAGAUACAGAAACAACAACACCAAACCACCAUCAUCACGCAAAGGGAAGGACAAUGACCGUAGGAACGAUCUAAAAACGGCCUAUAAUUUAAGAAUUUUACUUAUUAUGUUUAUUAUUUUUCUGCGAUAGCCAUGUAUUUUUCUUUUAGUUCAAUUGUUGAAUAAGAACCAACCUGAUCC